GUACUUGGACAUGCCAAAGGUGGUGAGAGUUGGGCCAGUGAUGGGUCCUACAGUGUCAAACAAACAGGGCACAAUCUCCCAGUUCUUUGCUACAAACAACUGCCCUGUGUGUGAUGCUCAGACCAAACUGCUGGUUUGUGAACAGUGUUGCAAGGACCCACAGUUGGUGAUGUUCAUGCUGACUUCCAGGAUUCAAGACUGGGAGAAGACAUAUUGUAAACUGACUCAGGUGUGUGCUGCCUGCCAGGGUACCCAGGACUGCGACCAGACUUGUGUGUCCAUUGACUGCCCCAUCAUGUUCCGUCGGAGCACUGCCAAAAACGACCUCGUCAGGGCUGACAACUUGCAAGAGAUUCUCACUAAGUAUUUGCAGUUUUGA